AUGCAGGAGAAACCGAGUCCUCGCCAUGAUCAAGAGAAGAAGAACCUUUUGAAGCGCAUGAGCAAGUCUCACGGAAAAUGGGAUACGAAUCAUCCACGCCACCGACUGUUGGAAGCCCUCUUUGGCUUCAGUCGUUACAAGCCACGUCAGAUGGCUGAGCUUAACCGGUGGAGGGGUUUGUACAAGCAUGUGUCCAAGGCUCAGAAAGCAGUUCUUGAGAAGACCAUUGGGUACUCCCAGAAGUUCGAGACUAUGGAGCAGCUCCUUGAUCUCAACCAGGAACUGUGUAACGAGAUUGUUGAAACAGCACUCGAGUUCUACGGCAUCACGCAGAAAGAGCUGGCGGACCACAGCAAAGCCAAGGAUGAUGCAGGCCAGCCAGCUGACCGUGUUAGUACAUCCCAAGCGCUGAAGCACUUCGUAAGAGACUGGUCGACUGCAGGCAUCGGUGAGCGCGAGGAUGCAUUCCCGUGUAUCAUUGAUACGCUGCAGACUCUAUUCCCAGACCGGUCCUCCCAAGAAAUCAAGGUGCUCUUCCCAGGCUCGGGGGUAGGACGGCUUGGUCACGAGGUUGCGGCUCUCGGCGGAUUUGAGGUAACCGUGAACGAGUGGUCCAUGUUCAUGAACCUUGUAUACCGGUUUCUCGAGGCGCACCCUCAACCGGGAAGCAAAGCCCUUCACCCGUUCAUCGAUAGUUGGUCACACCAUGCCACUACAGCCGACAUGUUUCGUGGCGUCUCAUUUCCUGACAAGAGGGUCAAUGCUAGCGCAGUACUCUUGGUUGAGGGCGAUUUCACUUCGGCUUUCAAAGCGGAGAAAGGACAGCAUGAUGUUCUUAUCACUCACUUCUUCAUUGACACUGCUCGCAACAUCAUGAGCUAUUUUGACACUAUCCACGCUUUGCUCAAGCCGGGAGGAUACUGGAUCAACUUUGGCCCUCUUCUGUGGGGAACGGGGCCCUUUGUUCAGCUCUCUCUAGACGAAAUCGUCGCUGUCACGAAAAGCAUGGGGUUUGAGUACAUGGAUAUCAGCGAGAAAUGUGGUGAUGUGACCCUGCAGGGAGAGAAGGUUCGAGGCAAAGAGGCUGUGUAUGGAUUCAACGAGAAAGCUCUCACCAAAAACGCAUACUCGGCACAGUUCUGGGUUGUUAGAAAGGCGAAAUAA